AUGUAUGCCCUUGUUUAUUCCGCGAUCGUGGUUGUCAGCUUCAGCGCGCACCUCCACUUCUUGGGAGAACACAUCUGGCGUGCCCUCACCAGGGCAUAUCAGAGCCUACCCGAGACACAGGUAGAGGACCCCAAAGCAAAGACUGAUGACCGUCUCUCGCAUCGGCUAGCAACAAUUCGAGCAUUCAACUUCAAGGCGGUAUGUAACUUCACCGUGAACAUCAACCUUGGCCUCUUUUUGGUUAUGACCUGGCGAUUUUUUCAGGAGUCCACCAUCAUAAACUUGGCCGUAAGCUUGAUGCCGCUCAUCGAAUAUGUUGUCUGCUGCAGUGUGGUCAGCGGGAGCAUGCGCCUAACGAGCCGGACAUUAAUGUGUGCCAGCUCUUUCCAGUGCGGACUCAUUCACAUCUACGCGGUUAUGGCAAGCCUUCUGAGCCCAACCUCUGCUACAGAGCAUAUAAUGACCUUCAGUAUGCUAUCAACGACCCACAUAGUCGCUGGAUUAAUCUUCCUGAACGCUCGGAUGUGGAUCCCAUCAGCCGUGUUGCUGUGCAUGUCCGACCUUGCCAUGUUCAUGCACAAGUUCGGCAGGGUGGAAAUCAGCAUGUUGCUGUGCAGCAGCCAUGUCACACAGUUAGUCGUAUGCUGCGUCAUCCUUGCUGCGGUAGAACUUGGGGUAUGCACUCACCUGCAGUCAGAGAUGGAUAAAGAUGAUGACAAAACAUUGAUGGCUGGCUUCCAGAAGAUCCUGAAGGGACUCUGCGAAGGCAGCUUGAUUUUGGACUCCAGAUGCUUGGUUCGUGGUUCUCCCUCCUGUUUGCAGCGUCUACUCUCCACCAAGAAGAACUUCGAAGAUGUCAGCUUCAUAUCGUUGAUUGCCUGCCCGGAAAGUAAGGAGCAGUUUGGUACAUUAGUUCGCACAGGGGCCAGUUCACAAGCCAAUGAUACAGAGGCAUCCCUACCUGCAUGUCUACGGGUCGUCUUAUCCGAAGGCGGCCAGGAGGUUCCCGUGGACAUUUUUCACGCUGCAUUGCCGGGCCUUUUCGGUGCUGACGAGCCACAUCACAUCUUGGCCUUUGUGGAGGACACGGCGGGCCGGGAGGCUGCGCAGGCUAUGCAUGGCUUUCCAGAGUGGCAGAGCAAUGUGAGAAGAUCCCUGAACCGCAGGCCAGUUCCCUCUGCGAGCUCAAGUUCAUCCCAGUCUAGAUCCGAAGCGGCUUCGACCGCGGGUGCGCGAAGCAAUGAAGUGCUGGAGGUAAUGCAGGAGUUGGCGGAAGCCACAUUUCUUAUCGACCCAGGAUCCGCAAGCAUGGAUCUGCUAGAAGCUCACUUGAGGUUCAACAGGGGCCACCAUUUGCGGCAGCCGCCUUCUCUGAGGAUGCUCAGCAAGAUCAAUCAGUGGGACACCCUCCAGAGCCUGCUGAGGACAUAUGCUCUGAGUGUGCAUCAAGGAGGUCAAGGAGUGCCCGACUUGCCCCUGCCGAUCGCUCUGCCCGCGAUGCAGGUGCGAGUUCCAGGCGCUCCUCGAAAGCUUCUGAAGGCCAAGCAUGUCCGUUUGAGCCUCGCAAAUCGCAGCCGGGAGUUGGGGCAACCCAUCUACCUCUACCUUCAUUUGAAGGGUUUUAUCAAGAAGCAUGCGAGGCCCAGUUACAUUACUGGCAUACAGGGUGAUGCGGUCGAGGAGGAGCCGGACGACGGCCCCGGUGAGGAUGCAGACGAGCCUGUGGCUGAGUAUCAGUCUUUGGGGUCUUUUGUUCCGCCCCAGAAUUUACCAGAAGAUGGGUACCUUGAAGGCCCAAUUUUUAACCUCUGA